GGAUCUAAGCAUGGAAACUAUGAUCUUGUGGUUUAGACUAGCAAAAUAUCGGUGUCAAUGUCUAUUUUAGCUACUAAGCUAUUUUCUCUUGUUUUUCACCAAAGGCCCUAAUUCUCUAGGUCAACUUACUAAGGUAUUGGUGAUGCGUUGACAUCCAUAUCUGACCCGCCUGCCCAGCCUUCUGUGCCGCUUUCAACUCCAGUGGAGGCUUCAAAUUUCUCAGGGUCUUGUUAGCGAGCCUAAGGUAGCGAGCAUCGAGACCUCGAACAGUUUCCCCGCUAUUGCAACCUCGUUUGCCCUGGACGCUUGGGCGUCGCAAGAGUCAAGCAGCCAAUCAGCAACACCUAACUUGCCCAUCGACCUGUUGCCUUGCCCCUCGUUUCCGCGUCGUCGAGGACCUGACUUGCUCUGGCGUACAUCCAUCCAUACCUCACUCACCUGGGUAGGUACACAAUCACUUUGCCCUCUACCUUACAAAUACUCCCACAACACAAGCGCCUGACCAAUACUAUUCAGUCAACCAGCGGUGAUGCUGCCAUCAGCGUAUACAUCCCUCAACAUCACGGAUUAUCCAUAAACGCCUACUCAGGUCUUGGAGCUAGAAUCUAUCAUCAUCGUUUGGGUUCAAGACCCCGGCCCGUUCCUGUGCCUUGUUUGCUUUGUUUGCAAUCCUCUUGUGCGUGCGUAACCGUGCCUCUCAGCGCAUCGGCCUCUCGAUAUCGAUAAUCUCGGCAUCGGAUGCCUGCGCGCGACCAAGUUCAACCUACCUCAUAGGCGAUUGCGCCGUUAUAUUCAAUGGACCCGGCAGACAUCUUCCGACAAGGCUUUGGCCAAGUCGCUCCCCGCCAGAAUCCCAUUUUCAUGGGUCACCCUCAACACCAUAUGGUCCAGUUCCAGCAGCAGCCGCCACCUCCGCCGGUCUUCAGGAAACCUGCACAGCAGACCGACGAAACUUCGGAUGGUGACGGCUCGAAUCACCGUAUUGCUCACACUCUAACUGCUUGUUGCCGUUGCCGACAGAGGAAAACUCGAUGCGAUCCAACUUUGCCCCGCUGUUUGCCAUGUGAAAGAUCCGGAUCGACUUGCGAAUACCUUGAUGCAGCCAAAGGUCGCAAAAUCAACAGGCAUUAUGUUAUCAGGCUACAAGACAAAGUCAGGCAACUCGAGGCGGAGCUUAGCCAAUAUACCGACGACGAAAAUGAGUAUCCUACAAGUAAUGAAGAUAUGGUACGGCCCGGUGGAAUGGUUCGUCUGAAUGGUGGCGAUGAGACCCCUCGAUACCUAGGACCCAGUAGCGGUAUCGCAAUGACACGUCUUCUUAUGGAGCAAGCAAAAAGAUACACUGAUUCAAAGCGCAUAUCCGAUCUCAUCCCCAGUGUACGCGCCAGACAAGCUCGUAUGCAGUCCAUACAAAUGACAGGGCCUUCAGCAAGGAGAAAGAGUUACCCCAUGAUUAGCCAGCAUCCAGCCGAGAGUUUGCCCACAAGAGCCGUUGCCGAUAAGUUACUGGAGAUCUUUAACCAGAAAGCUCAACUCUUCUGGCCUGUUCUUCACGAAAAGGAUCUUCUACAGGAUCUGGAUGCGGUCUACAAUGGUGAUACUGAUCCUUAUCGGCUUUUCAUUGUCAGAAUGCUUGUAGCCAUCAGCUUACAAAAGCUUGACACGCAAUAUGCUGGCUUGGCAGACAGCUACUACUUGGCAGCAAUGCAACUGUUCGAAGACGUCGUCCGCCCCAAAGAUCUCAAGACAUUGCAAUGCCUUGUGCUUCUCGGAGAAUAUUCGCUUCUCACCCCUACAAGGACACCCAUCUACUAUGUGAUCGGCCUGGCAGCUAGAAUAUGCCAACAGGAAGGACUAGCCAGCGAGAAGACUAUUUCUACGGGGUACAACUUGGAUGCCAAAACAAUUGAUAUGAGGAGGCGGAUUAUCUGGACUGUCGCCGCGAUGGAAUAUGGCUUGGCGCACAGUAUGGGUAGGCCCAACAGUUUUGCGACAGGCGACGACCGACUAGACGUCGAAUUCUUCGCAGCAGUCGACGACGACAACAUCACUGACCAGGGCAUCCAGCCAGGCCCCCCCAGUGAGCGCAAACUUGUUGCCAUUCAUUUCUACAGAAUGAGAAUGUGCCAGGCCGAGAUCCGAAGGGCUUUGUACGAGAAGAAGAAGGAAGAACCAAAGCACGACUCGCACCCCUGGUUUGCAAGGAUUGAGAAAAUGAACAAAGAAUGGCUAGAUGCGUCACCCACAAGCCCCGAUUGGUGCAAGCCUUGGUUCACCGGCAGGUAUCAUCAGAUGAGGAUAUUCAUGUAUAGACCCUCUCCGCAGAUCCCAAAGCCAUCACCUCGCGCCGCGGCGAUUUGUUACGAGAGCGCAGCGUACAUCACACAGCUCAAUGCUAAGCAGAUGGGAAGUGGCGCGGAUCUCACAUGGGUUUUCCUUCUGACCGUGAACAUGUCCCUCAACACACUCUUGUGGACUGUUUCGUAUCCAGAAGUGCGCCGGGCGCAUCCCCGUCAUGAGGUUGAAACUCUCGUUCAGACUUCCAUGGAGGUUUUGGAUCGCUGUACAGAAAGAUGGCCCGGGACUGCGUCCGCCUCGCAACUUUAUUCCAUCUUCUCGAAAGCCUGUUUGCAAGGCUACGAUGAACGCCCAAUGACGGGACAGACAGCCGGCUUCUUCACCACGCCCCCUUCCUUCGCGGACCCUAACUCGCCCGAAGCCUUCCAGAACCUUCAACAAGUCCAAGCCCCUUAUCAGAACCCACCUCAGUUCAAUCAUGUAUUCAACUCACCACCAGAGGCCAUGAAUGCUUACGCCUUCGAUCCCAACUUCCCUCCACCUCAGCCGAGCUUCAGGUCUAACUCCAUCUUCUUCAACCCUGCAAGCAAUGAACCUACGGGGCGAAGAUUCUCAUACUUCCCACCCGACUUCAUGCAGCCCGGCGAGACCAUGAUGGAUGACCCAACACCGCCAGCCACCACGACCCCUGAGCAACAUAUGACAUCGCCUCCAGAUCACAUGUCAGAGCAAUUACCAACUCCUCCUGACAGCAUUCCGACCGGCAAUAUGACAACACCAACCCCUAGCAACACUUUAUCGCCCGCGAACACCCUGACAGCCCAUCCUACCCCCAUUAUGCAGCAUGCCUCGCCAGCUGGAGUUUCUCUGGUGCCCGUGCAGACGAACAUGUCCCCUCCUAUCAAGAUUGAACAAUCCCAACGUGGGCCCACGUUUGUUGUACCUCAAAACCCACAGGUUGCACCUACUCAAAGACCUCUACCAACCCCAAGCGGUAUUGGGGAUUGGUUCUCGCCUCCUGCUCCAUUUAUUUCCCCGUACGCUUUCAACAACAUGAGCAACAGUUUCUUCAACGAUUCCAUGGCGAAUCCUGGGAACUAUGGAGAUAUGUCAGGCUCUGGUCUUGGGUUACAGAGUAUUCAAGGCGGGAAUGCUCCUCCUCAGUUUGACUAUGGUUUUGCCAGGCAGGGUAGCCUUACACAGUCUCAGCAACUUGAGUUGAUGAAUGUGCUUGAGACGGAGGGUAUGGGGGACAUUGAUGCGUUCCUCAACGGGGGGAACAUAUCUAACAGAUGGUAUUAAGGUUAUCGCUGAAUAUAAGACAGGAUAGAAUGAAUUUAGGCAACGGAUUGGUUUCACGGGAUAUAUAAGCAUGGGCGGCGUUUCUUGGUUAUAAAACAUUAGACAUUGUCUGCGGAAGGACGCUUGAAUUAUAGACCUGCUCCUGUUUCAAGUCUUGAUUUAUACUGUAUGAAAUGCAUUGGCCAUGAAAAGUCCCGCCCCGAGACCACUUAGUGAUGUACACGAAAUAUCAUCUUUCAGAUAUCAAUAAAAUGGCGGCCAAGUAAACAGAGGG